CUCGGUCGGGCAAUUGCGAUGCGCUUGGCCUCGAUGGGAGCGAGGGUGACCGUGGUGGACAUCUCAGACGCUGGAGGCACAGAAACCGUUCGGCUGAUCGAGGAGACCACUCAGAAGAGGGAGAAGGACGCCCAGGCCCAGGCCCAGGCCGACGACGCUCACGCGGCGGAGGCUGGCAAGGCAGGAGGCGGCAAAACACCACGUGCAAUCUUUGUAAAGUGUGACGUGGCACGCCCUGGGCAGCUUGCGCAGGCCUUCGCUGCCCACGUGAACACGUUUAAGCGCCUCGAUGUUGUCGUCAACAACGCGGGAAUUGCCAACGAAGUCAAUUUUGCACAGCCCGAGAGUGAAGAGGCGUCGCCAGCAUCACCGGAUCUUACGGAGCUUAAAGAGGUGGGGGGACCACCACUCGUGCGAGCGGAGGUUGAUGCUCGCCCGUGGAGCAGAAUGAUCGAUGUCAAUCUGAAAGCUGUGGUGGAUGGCGUACGGUUGGCAGUGGAGUGCAUGGCUGCUACGCCGGCGAGAAGCAAGGAGGAGGAGGAGGAGGAGAAGGAGGAGAAGGAGGAGGGUGCGAAAAUAGGCGAAGAAGAGAAGAAGAGCAGGGCCAAGAGGGUGAUCAUCAACGUGGCCUCGAUCGCAGGGCUCGUCGCACACCCCACGCUCCCUGUGUACUCAGCAACCAAGGCUGGCGUUGUCAUGCUGUCGAGAUGUCUGGCACACCUGGAGAGCGAGCUGGGAAUUAGGGUGUGUGCAUUUUGCCCGUCGGCGAUGGACACUCCUCUGGCCCGCUCGAUAGGCCCCGCCUUGGUCAAGGCAAUAGCCGACUUCGGAGGAUACCUUCCAGUGGAGAAAGCCGUGGAGGGCAUGAUGAAGCUCAUAACGGAUGAGGGGAAUGGGGGCUCCGUUAUGAAAGUGAACCCGCGCGAAGGCUGCUCGUACGUGACGUUUGAUGAUCACAUACUUCCACGGUAGGAUUGGAGCUCGUCUUGGAUGAUGAAGGGGGGAGGAGAGGGAAUCAGAGGGAGGGAGAGAGAGAGAGAGAGAGAGAGAGAGAGAGAGAGAGAGAGGGAGGGCGAUGGAAGGUUCGUUUGUAGUAGGAUUCUUCUCCUGCACGUGGGUCGACGACCCACGUGGGUCUUUUUUUGUGUCUUUUUUUUUGUUCCAUCUUCAUGCAGCUUUUGGUUGGACCUCGCAGUA